UCUGCCAUGAUGCGUCCAUUCGCAUUCCUUUCGUCCCUAUUGCUAGUAGCCGGCUCUUCGGCAGCUCAGGCUGACGCAAAUACCACCUAUCUGACGGCGACUACGCUUGUUAUGAAGAACAACAACUCUGCCUUCGAAUGUUGGCAGCUUACUGAGCCAUUCCGGAGGCCAUCAGUACCUGGUGUUAGCGGUACUCAAGUUGCAACAAUUGGAAACUUCACCAAUUUCGCGUAUACCAUCUUACCUCCGCGAUACGAUGGCGGCAUUCACACUGCCCCAGUACCACAAAUUGUCCACUUCCUCUCAGGUGUCGCUCAUCUGACUCUACCGCACAAUGACAGUGCAGAAGCUUGGGUUCUCGGCGGUGUUGGAGGCUUGUUAUUUGCAUUUGAUACUACAGGCACUGGACAUAUCACUCGAUACCCAUCUGAUGCAGAGACCGUAGCCAUUACCGCCCCUUUUGAAGGGGGCAAGAUUCCUGGACAUAUCGUUUUAGCGGACAGACCAUAUGUUGGAAGCCAAACAUUUCUCUAAACAGACUGGGAGGAAUCGAUUGGUAACAAUAGCCUAGUCAGUUGCAGGUGUCGGGUUAGUGUACUACUAAGUUGAAGAGUGGCUCAGCAUUAGAGCUACUGUACUUCAGCGACCAAUUGAAUUUGAUAGGAUGUGAAUGGAAGUUUG